AUCGAUACAUGCGCUUAUUGGCACCGGGAACGCUACUGUCGGUCAAUUGCCAAAUUAAAAACAAUUGUUAUUUAUGACGAUCUAAUUUGGGAACAACCUUUAUUGCCGUGUGACUUUGUGGCAUACGUACAUUGACUUCAUACUGUUCAGAGCUGGGAGCAGCGCGGUGAAGCCAUUUUGGAGUGUCUAUUCUCUUCGCAGUUUCACAUCAUGAACUGUCUGUGAUUCAAUCAAUAACAAACAUAUCACGGAAAACAACAAAAACAAAAUUGAUUUACAAAUUUUAUAUCUGUAAACGUUGAGAAUAUUACAUCAGAAUGGGUAAGGCUGGUGGAGUGGAAUUCUCUGCUGGGGCCCCCUCUCCCUCGGAGGGAGAGAGCGAAGAGAGGCCGUUGUUCAGCGAAUUACAGGAAUACUACCAGAAGAAAGGAGAAUAUGAAGAAGCCUGGCACCAAGAGGCAAGGUGGAUCAAAUAUGAAGAGAACGUGGAAGCGAGUGGAGAGAGAUGGACAAAACCCCACGUCGCAAGUCUUUCACUGCAGGCCCUAUACCGAUUGAAGCACCAACUAAAUGAUGCAUUAUUUCUUUUGGAUGUUAAGGCAGACACACUUGGAGGAAUCACAGAUGUAAUCAAAGAUGCCAUGAUAGAAGAGGAAUUGCUCAGUGAGGAACAAGCGGGUAUUAUGGAAGAAAUCAUCAUGCAACCCCAUUGGCACAAACAUCAGCUCAACCAUGAACGUCGUGAAUCCAAAGCAUUCGCCAGAAGAAUGAGCCACGAGGGCCUUCAACUUCCCAGUACUGGUAGUUUCCCCAGACGAGGAUCCAUCACACCUAGUGGGAAUUCCACGUCUUUUUCAAAAUCAGAUUCAUCAGGGGGCCUAAAGAGAGUUGGUUCACAAAGCGCAAUGAAGAAAUUCCAAAGGAAGAUCCCAGAAGGUGCCGAGGGCGCCAGUGUGAUGGUGGGAGGCAUAGACGGUCUGGACAAAACUGUAACUGCCCUAGUACGUCUCAAAUCUGGUGUGGACUUGAUGGAGCUCAUGGAAGUGGAGCUUCCCACAAGGUUCAUAUUUGUAAUGUUUGGACCCAAGCAUGAAAAUACAGCCAUCAAACAAGUUGGCAGAUGUAUGGGGACAAUAUUCUCUCAUAAGGAUUUUCAAAAGGUGGUGUACUCUGCCAAAGAUAAAAAGGAGAUUCUGGCUUCCGUUGACGCAUUUAUGCAAGACUCCACCGUGCUGCCUGCCAGUGAAUGGGAUCACAACAUCCAUAUACAACCCCCAACAACCACUGACACACAGGGGAAGACAUGGUCAUCAGUGCUGAAAGAACCUGAAGAAGGGGAAGAGGAGAUUGAAGAUCACGCAGACCCAACACUAGUUAGAACAGGAAGAAUAUUUGGGGGUUUGGUAAACGACGUUAAACGAAAAGCAAAAUGGUAUGCCAGUGAUUUCAAAGAUGCUCUUUCCCUCCAAUCCCUUGCCUCAAUCUUCUUCAUAUACUUUGCCUGUCUCUCUACUGUCAUCACAUUUGGUGGUAUGAUGGGGGAUGCUCUUGACAAUAAAAUGGCGGCAGCUGAAGGUAUGUUAGCGGCUGGUAUAUGUGGCGUCUCAUAUUCUCUCUUAGCAGGUCAACCACUUACUAUACUUGGUUGCACUGGGCCUAUAUUGGUGUUUGAAACCAUCUUGUACAAUUUCUGCAAGGACAAUGGUAUGGAGUAUUUACCGUUCCGGUUCUGGAUAGGAAUAUGGACAGGUGCAAUCCUCCUCAUCAUGGUUAUGUUCGAUCUUAGUGCGCUCGUCAAAUAUAUCACUAAAUUCACGGAGGAGGUCUUUGCUGUUCUUAUAUCUCUCAUCUUCAUUUACGAAUCACUUAGUAAGGUCAUCAAAGUCAACAAAAAAUACCCCAUGCGUAUUAAACCAGAUGAGCCCUUGGGGCCGUGCACAUGUCAUAGACCUGAUCCUGUCAUGACGACAGUAAUGCCAGGCGCUGAGAACUCCACGAUGGUUUAUGCCACGACUCUCGCCCCAGGCAUGAACAAAUCAUUGAUGUUCAUGGGGAUGUCCCUUGAGAAUAUGACAGAUGGCGAUUGGGCCGCUCUCUCACACGAAGAUUGCUUAGAAUAUGGGGGCAAGCUUGUGGGGCCUGGCUGUAAAGAAUACUUCCCCGAUGUCUUCCUGUUUUCAUUCAUUCUUUGUAUGGGCGUGUUUGUCAUAGCUAUGGGCCUGAAGGGAUUCAAAGAGACAAGAUAUUUUCCAACUUUUGUUCGACAAAACAUUGCUGACUUCGCAGUGCCAAUUGCUCUCGUGAUCAUGACUGGGAUAGACCUCGCUCUCGGCCUCCACACGCCAAAACUGCAGAUUCCUACCGAAUUCAGACCUACACUUCACAGUAGGGGCUGGGUGAUUCCUCCAUUCGGCGCCAACGCUUGGUGGACCGCACUCGCAGCUGGUGUACCCGCCAUACUGCUUUCUAUUCUUAUCUUCAUGGAUCAGCAAAUUACAUCAGUCAUCGUUAAUAACAAAGCAAAUAAAUUAAAAAAAGGAGGUGGCUACCAUCUUGACCUGUUGAUAAUUUCGGUGCAAGUUGUCUUGUGUUCUGUGAUGGGAAUACCGUACUUCGUUGCUGCCACUGUAAGAUCAAUCAAUCAUGUACUCAGUCUCAGGAAGGAAUCAAAGAACGCAGCACCCGGCGAAAAGCCGAAAUUUCUUGGAAUACGAGAACAGCGAGUCACUCACGUAGUUGCUUUCACUGUGAUCGGCUUCUCCAUUUUCAUGAAUGCUGUCUUAAAGUAUGUUCCUAUGCCAGUAUUAUACGGGGUGUUCUUGUACAUGGGCGUGGCAUCAUUGUCCGGCGCAGAGUUGGUACAAAGAAUGUUGCUUGUAUUCAUGCCAAGGAAGUACCAGCCAGAUCACAAGUUCCUUCGCCACGUAGACACCAACCGCGUUCAUCUCUUCACAGCCAUUCAGGUGACAUCAUUGGCUAUUCUAUGGGUUGUCAAGAGUGUGAAAAAGAUUUCGAUCAUCUUCCCAUUGAUGGUGCUCGCAUUGUGCUUUGUCAGAAAGGGAAUGGAAUGGAUAUUCACAGAAAAGGAACUGAAACACCUCGACAAUCUCCUGCCUGCUAUGGGCAAAAAGAAAGAACCAGAAGACAAAACAGAACUAGAAAAACUUGAUCCUUAUGGGUCACAUGCAUGAACAUUUUAGGAAAUUAAUUAUUUAAACCUAUGAAUGUGUUGUUCUCUGUUGAGUGAACUGUGAAAGUGAUGGUAGGAAAAGACAGAGCUCUUACAGUAGUGAAACACACAAUGUGUAAUGUUAUACAAUACAAUGUGUUAUGUUAUACAAUGAUGAAUUGUGUGCUGUGUAUAAAUGUAUUUAAAGACUACCAUUUGAAUAAAAUUGUGUAUGUACAUGUAUGUAUUAAACAAAAUGAA